AUGAUCAAUCGUCAAGUAGGCCAUCUGGCAUCUAAUGAAUUAAGAACGAAUUCAUUAAGUAGUGUUCGAUGUGCUGAAUUUUGUCUUCCAAGUAGUCACUAUGGUUUUAAUAAUGCAAAUCAUAUUGGCAAACAUCUUGUGUCUCUUAUUAGUACAUAUAUGCCUCAUUUACAAACUUUACGUCUUUGGCGACCAGAUGAUUUUCCUUGGACAUCUACUCAACAUGUAAAUGUCUUUGAACAAGACCUUUGUGAAUUGGUCAAAAACUUAAAAGAAUUUACUUUUCUCGAUAUUUGUGGCAAAAUUCAUUAUGAAAAAGUUGAACCCUAUCGUUUAAUGGUUCAAGCUCGCUUUCCUAAUAGUCGAAUAGAUGUUGAAAUAUCAAGAUUUCGUCUUUGGCUUUAA